AUGCUAAAGAAUUUCAAGAUCGUUCGCACAAUCAAAGUGUGUUCGAUACUUUUUUCAUUUAUUUUAGCAAUAACAUGUUUAAUUAUCAAAAUCAAUAGUAAAAGAGCGAGCCAAUCCACUAAAAUCGAGAAAAAUUUACCUGCUCCAUGUAAUUUCGAACCAAUAAAUGAACCAUGCAGUACAAAACGCGAUGUUGUCUUUUUCUAUGGAACAAAUACACAUAAAGGACUCCUUUUAGCAGUUAAAUCUCUGCGAACAACAAGAGCGAAAUGCAGAAUUGUUGUUUUAGUUCCUUCAACGUUUAAAGCAGAUGACGAAUUUGCAAACUUUGCUCAAGAAUAUGACAUCGAAAUCUACUCUGGCUGCGAUAUGAAACGAAAAGGAGAUACAAUUGCUCACAUGCUGAGAUAUGAAUACGAAGCUAAGUGGAUUGAAGAACAUAUUAAUGAAAUAGAUCGAGUUAUACAUUCAGAUGGCUAUGAUGUUUUCUUCCAAUCAGAUCCUUUUGUUGUUUUACAAGAUAGCCAGAAUUUGAUAUUCAUUGUCGAAUCUCUGAAGAUACUUCAAUGUGAAUGGAACGCAAAUUGGGUGAUAGAUUGCUAUAAUCAAUCAAUUUUUAACUUAAUUAAAGAUAAUCAAAUUAUUUGCAGCGGUGUAAUAUUAGGACCGGCAAUACAAUACUUACGAUUCGUUAAAUUAAUGAUUGACCUCCCAGAAUGGUCUUUCUGUUGGGCAGAUAGCUAUGAUCAACCAAUUGUUAAUUAUUUAGUUCAUGGAGGUGUUUUAAAGGAUAAAGGAAUCAGUUAUGCACUUAUAUCAUGUGAUUCAAACGUUUUGAACAUGCAAUGGUGCCUUUAUGGAAAAUCUGUUCCAUAUUCCAAAUCCGGAUUCGUAAUGACACCUAAUAAUAGAAUAGAGCCUGCCAUAUUACAUCAAUACAAUCGUUUUCCAGAUACAAUGAAAGAUUUAGGCCGACAAUGCGGAAUUCAAUUUUCUUAA